AACAAGGGGGCAGGGAGUGCAUUUCAAGGAGGAAAAAGAGCUGGGCUUGGAGGUGCACCCGCUCUUGAUGCUGAAGCUCACUUGUACUGAAACAGUUUCACCCAGACACUGUUCCCGCACGGCAAGGACUCAGCACUCUACCUCAGUGAAGGAGCUGCUAAUACCUCGAGAGGUUCCAUUGCACUUCCAGUAAUCCAAAGUUCAGAAAGAGCCGUAGGAAUUUGAGAGCCGAUUACUCACUUUUAACACACUGCAGCGACAAGACGACUUUUUACUCCAGCCCCCUUUUUUUUCUUUGAUUUUUUAAGGACUCUCUCUGGAACACUUUGGCCAGGGAAUUUAUUUGAUUUGAGGGGUAUUAUGUGCUGGCUGUUUUUUUAAUGGAGAUGCUGCCCUUGUUUCAUUCUGUGGACAUUUUAAUGCGAUGAAGUGAGAAGACCGAUUCAGAAGGUGCUACAACAUACUCCCUUUUGCACAUCCAAGUACAACCUACCUACCAACAGCAGGAUCUACUGUGCCAUAACAUUAAGUCCGGUCGUACACACAGCCAUGGCAUUUGGUGACCUGCUCGAGCUGGUGGGAGCCACAGGACGCUUCCAGAUCCUGCAUGUGACCCUCCUCUGCAUACCCGUCCUGAUGAUGGCCAGCCACAACCUGCUGCAGAACUUUGUGGCCUCGGUGCCUCACCACUACUGCAGCGCGCACAAAAACCUCUCUCAGUCCCAAAUGAGCCCAGAGGAAACGCUGCUCAUCACGGUGCCGGUGGACCAGGCGGGGAUGCCUCAGAGGUGCCAGCGUUACGUGACCCCACAAUGGCACCUCCUGGUUAAAAACGGGAGCUCCGGCUCAGGGGAGCGGGGCGUCACUGUGGACGGUCUGGAUGCUGAUCUGCAGGGAUGCACAGACGGGUGGUCCUUCAACAUGACCGAGAGGAGCUCCACCAUCAUAUCCGACUGGGAAUUGGUGUGCGAUUUACGCUCUCUGAAGCAAAUGGGACAAACCGUCUACAUGGGAGGCGUGCUUGUGGGAGCUCUUGUCUUUGGAGGCCUCUCCGACAGGUACGGCCGACGCAUCCUCCUGCUCAUCUCCAACCUGCUGAUGGCGGUGUCAGGAACGUGCACCGCCUUCUCCAACUCCUUCUAUCUCUACUGCCUGUUCCGCUUUGGCUGCGGCAUGGCUCUGUCCGGCCUGGGGCUCAACACCUUCUCCCUCAUUGUGGAGUGGAUCCCCACCCGUGUGCGGACAGUGGUGGGGACGAUAACGGGUUACUGUUACACGUUGGGGCAGCUGCUCCUGGCGGUCAUAGCUUACUUCAUCCGGGACUGGAGGUGGCUGACCCUGGCCGUGUCUUUGCCCUUCUACGUCUUCUUCCUCAUUGCAUGGUGGUUUCAUGAAUCCUCAAGAUGGCUCGUCCUGAGCAACAAGUCCGAGCAGGCCAUCACGAACCUUAAAAGCGUGGCCAACUUCAAUGGGCGGCGUGAAGAGGGCGAAAAAAUCGACAUGAAAAUGGUGCAAGAGUCGAUGAAGAAGGAGAUGUCCGGUUCGAAGGGUUCCUACUCUGUCCUGGAUCUGUUCCGCACGCCCACAAUGAGGUCCAUGACGGUCUGCCUCAGCGCUGUCUGGUUAUCGACCAGCUUCGCCUACUAUGGUCUCGCGAUGGAUCUGCAGAAGUUCGGCGUGGACAUCUACCUGAUCCAAGUGAUCUUCGGCGCUGUCGACAUCCCCGCCAAAGUCCUCAUCACGGUGUCCAUGAGCUUCAUCGGACGGCGGCCAUCGCAGUGCGGCGCCCUCAUCGUCGCGGGGGUCACCAUCCUGAUCAACCUGCUGGUGCCGUACGAUAAACAGACUGUGCGCACCUGUCUGGCUGUGUGGGGUAAAGGUUGUCUCGCCGCCUCCUUCAACUGCUGCUACCUUUACUCCGGAGAACUGUAUCCAACCAUCAUUCGUCAGAAUGGCAUGGGCUGGGUAUCCAUGAUGGCUCGCGUCGGAGCCAUGGUGGCCCCCAUGGUGCUUCUCACGGGGGACCACAUUCCUUGGCUACCAGGUUUAAUCUACGGGGGGGCUCCCAUUCUCAGCGGAGUGGCUGCGAUCUUUCUUCCAGAGACGCUCGGCUCACCCCUACCUGACACGAUACAAGACGUGGAGGACAGGGGAUCUGGAAGAGGCCCCAAAAUGGCACCAAAGGAAGCAAUCAGCCUGCAGGACACGCAGGCCAACCUCCUGAAGCAGGCUGCCUGAGGGCGCCUGUGUCGUUGCUGAUGUUUUUGCUGACGUUGUUAAUGGAAGUAGAGUGGGUACUGCUUUUUUUUUUUUUCUUUCUCUCUGGCCUGUUUGUAUAUUUGAUUUCCAUAAGGAGUUUGUUGUGUUUUAUGACUGCUGGACAAAUGGAGUUACAAUGUUAUUUUUUUUUCUGCACAGGUCAAUACAGUGAAAAUGAAUAGCUGCAAUCACACAAUCAGACUUAGAUUUAUCUGCUAUACAGUAGCUGACUUUGGAACAAAUUAUGUUUUAUAUAUUAAAUAUCUGUGGUGAUAAAAGGAUCCUAUAUAAAAGGCCUUUUUUGAAGAUUAAAAGGCGAUGCUUACACUGGUGUUUUUAUAACUUCUUAUUACUUUAUAUAAAACCUUGUAUUUGUGAGGAAUAAUGUAUUUUCAUUAAAAUCAACAUAUAUUCACGCA